AAGAAAGCAAUAAACCUUUCUUCAAAUAUUUCUCCUUCUUUUCAAUUUCUAACAUGGUAUUAGAGCUAUAUGCUCCUAAUUCUUCUGUUAUCACUACUUGGUUACUGAGUUGGAUUUUCAAAUCUAUCCCAAAUCUGAAACUUUGUCAUUGGGUUCUCUCCUGCAAAUUGGAUUGUUUAUUCUCAAAUCUCACACAUUUUCGAAGGAACACACUAUGUUUUCCUCAUUAUCAAACUUCCAGGUAUCAUCUUUUAAUCAACCUCCACUUUUUACUAACCCUUCUAUUAAGCUAUUUCCUAUUGACUUUGAUGUAGAUACAUUUGAUGAGCUCCAUGAUACCUUUGCACCUGCUCCUCCUGGUUCUCUAAAAGAUGUUUUGCCUACUGAUAAUACAAUGGACAAUGCUGAGUCUUGUUCCCUUACCUUUUCUGUAUCACUUGUUGGAUGUAACCCUGUUGAUAUUGAGCUUGAAAAUGAGAUCCUUAAUCCACCUUUAAGUCGUCCUAGAGGGCAUUAUAAGGCUUGUUUGGUUGCUAAAGGAUUUACUCAGGAAUAUGGGAUUGAUUAUGAGAAAACCUUUGCACCUAUUGCUGGUCCUACUUCAGUUCGUAGUUUAAUUGUUAUUGCUGCUGCAAAAAGAUGGAAAUUGUUUCAUAUGAAUGUGAAAAAUGCCUUUCUAAAUGGUGAUCUUGUAGAGGAAGUUUACAUGAAACCACCUCUUGGACUUGAGCAUCCUCCAAAAAAAGUUUGCUGAUUGAAGCAAGCUUUAUAUGGUUUGAAACAAGCACUUCGAGCCUGGUUGGCCAAGUUUAGUACUACUAUUAGUGAAUUUGGUUUUAUUUCCAGUCUUCAUGAUAUUGUGAUGUUCAUACGCAAGACUAAUCAUGGUAUGGUUCUACUACUACUUUGAUGAUAUGAUUAUUAUUGGGGAUGAUAUUUCAGGUAUUCAUAAUCUUAAGCAAUUUCUCGGUCAUAAGUUUGAGAUGAAAGAUCUUGGUGUUUUGAGCUAUUUAUUGGGACUUGAGAUCACUUUUUCUAAUGAUGGUUAUCUUAUCUCCCAAACAAAAUAUGCUUUUAAUC